CCCCUCCCAACAGCACAUUUCAGAGGAAUUUAGGCAAAGAAGAAAAACUUUGGAUGCUAAGGCCUGAAGGAACCUCUACCUAAAGGUCCUAGGAUUGUAUCCAGUUCAAGCAUGUGGCCCCUGGAUGCCACAAAUCACCUGCUUCAAAGGAUUACUUCUCUUAUGGCAUUUUAGCUAAGAAACACGAUAUCUCUUAUAUCCAAAAACUUUUGGAUCACACGGCCUUUAUUGCUGGUUUAAGCAUAAAUGUUUUGGCCUGCAUGGGGAUGUUUUCUUUAGAAGCUUUCAGAGUCCCUUUGUUUUUAAAUAAGUAACCGGGCAAGUGAGUCUCAUGAGCAGCUCUGCUGGAGGGCAGGUAACAUCAUCAUGAGUAGUACUUUAGGCAAAGAAAAAGAUUCAAAAGAGAAAGACCCCAAAGGUGGUCCAGCGGGUAAAGAAAGGGAAAAGGAGGCCAAGGCUCUGGCCAGCUUAGUCAAAGAUGGUGGCAAAGAAGCAAAGACCAAAGGGAAAGAGGCCAAAGAAGGAAAAAAGGACACGAGCAGCUCGACGCCCGGUGUUGCCUUCUCUGUUGACAAUACGAUAAAGCGGCCAAACCCCACGCAGGGUCAGCGAAAGAAGUCCAGCAACGCUGAGGUCAUCAAGGAACUUAACAAGUGUCGGGAGGAGAACUCUAUGAGACUGGACCUAUCCAAACGGUCCAUCCAUGUGCUGCCCCCCUCCAUCAAGGAGCUGACUCAGUUGGCAGAACUCUACCUGUACAGCAACAAGCUACAGAGCCUACCGGCCGAGGUGGGCUGCCUAUCGGGGCUGGUCACUUUGGCCCUCAGCGAGAACUCCCUGACCAGCCUGCCCGACUCGCUGGACUCCCUGAAGAAGCUUCGAAUGCUCGACCUGCGGCACAACAAGCUCAGGGAGAUCCCGGCCGUGGUCUACCGGCUGACGUCUCUGGCCACGCUGUACCUGCGCUUCAAUCGAAUCACAACGGUGGAGAAGGACAUCCGGAACCUGUCCAAGCUCACCAUGCUCAGCAUCCGCGAGAACAAGAUUAAACAGCUACCCGCAGAGAUAGGUGAACUGUGCAGCCUCAUUACGCUGGAUGUGGCUCAUAAUCAACUGGAACAUCUACCAAAAGAGAUUGGAAAUUGCACACAGAUAACCAACCUCGAUUUGCAGCACAAUGAGCUUUUGGACCUUCCAGAGACUAUAGGCAAUUUGGCGAGCAUAAAUCGCUUGGGUCUGCGUUAUAAUAGAUUGUCGGCCAUCCCCAGAUCAUUAGCCAAAUGUCGAGAACUGGAGGAACUAAAUCUUGAAAACAACAACAUUUCAGUGUUACCAGAGGGUCUGUUGUCAAGUUUGGUCAAUCUGACAAGUCUCACACUGGCAAGGAACUGCUUCCAGUCCUACCCCGUGGGUGGGCCGUCCCAGUUCUCCACCAUUUACUCCCUCAACAUGGAGCACAACCGUAUAAAAAAGAUCCCAUUCGGUAUCUUCUCCAGGGCCAAGGUGUUAAGCAAACUUAACAUGAAGGAUAACCAGUUAACGUCUCUGCCGUUGGAUUUUGGCACAUGGACAAGCAUGGUGGAACUCAACCUGGCCACCAAUCAGCUGACAAAGAUCCCAGAAGAUGUCUGUGGUCUUAUCUCGCUCGAGGUGUUAAUAUUAUCUAAUAAUCUCCUCAAGACGUUACCGUAUGGUAUUGGGAACCUGAGAAAGUUACGAGAGCUCGACUUGGAAGAAAACGAGUUGGAAAUUCUGCCAAAUGAAAUCGCUUAUCUGAAAGAUUUGCAGAAAUUGGUGUUGACAAAUAACCAGCUGACCACGUUACCCAGAGGCAUCGGCCACCUCACCAACCUGACCCAUCUGGGUUUGGGAGAGAACCUGCUGCAACACCUUCCUGAGGAGAUCGGCACACUGGAGAACCUGGAGGAACUGUACCUCAACGACAACCCGAACUUGCACAGCCUCCCGUUCGAGCUGGCCCUCUGCAGCAAGCUGUCCAUCAUGAGCAUCGAGAACUGUCCCCUCACCCACCUGCCGCCGCAGAUCGUCGCGGGGGGGCCCUCCUUCAUCAUCCAGUUCCUCAAGAUGCAGGGACCGUACCGUGCCAUUGUGUGAGCUAAGAGCAGCGCUGUUUCCAGUCCUGCCAAACCCCCCAAGCCCUCCGUUCACUCUGCCCCCCUCCGCCUGCCUGCCCCCAUUAUGUGUAUCACACACUGUAAAGAAAACGGACUCGCCACAGCCAGUGUCAGGGGCAAGUACAAAGGGGAGGUGUGCGAGGAGGACGUUCUCCUUCUACAGCCUGUGCAGAAAAGUGGCAAAUCUUUGGAGACUUUUGUGUUGCUAUAGGGUUCGUCCUGGUCAUUUCAGGGCCCCGGCGCCCUGACCCCAACCCAAUCUUUCAUUCCUAGUCAUACAAGAGGAAUAAUAUGUUUCCGCCUGUUUGCCAAAACUGAGAACAUACAUAUAUAUAUAUAUAUGUGUGUGUGUGUAUGUAUAUGUAUAU